AGAAAUAGCUAUAAGAAGGAACUGUCCGCCCGGAUGACACAUCAAUGUUUAACAUAUCUCGCCUCCUCAGCCGCUCUUGUAUCCACAUUGGCUUUUCCGACGCCAGCCGUUGACGACUCUCACGAAGAUUGGUCGGCCUAUAAAUCAAGAAAAUAUUCAACGUGGACUCCAUCUCCACAACCGUCCACAAUGAAUGCAGGAACUCAGACUGAUUUCCGAACUGCAAGAAAUGAAAACGAUAACCAAAAUCAUAAUCUGAGUCCUUCAGACAUUAGGUACUUGGAAACGAUAACAAAUUUAUCGCAGCAAGCAUUGAAUAACGUGAAGAGUACCAUUGACACAAUAAAUGAAGUUGAACCACCGAUCACGUCACCGCCAAGAUCUCAAUAUCAAGCACCAUGGAACAACCAGCCUUAUCAACAGGGUUCCUGGGCAUCACAAUAUGCACCAUAUCCGACACUACCGCCUGAACAUCUUGUCUUCCAUCCCCACAAACCACCACAUCAUCAAGACGAUUCCCUUGAGAAGAAUCCUCCUCCACCACCUCACAAACCACGUCAUUUGCCAACAACACCAUUAUAUUACGAUCCAUACUAUGGAGGGGACAAACAUUCCAGUGAAGGAGGCGUAAAUGCAGUUGCAUUGGGUCUGGGCAUUGGUAUUCCACUCGGUAUAAUUGCGUUUGGUCUCGCACUUUUCAUAUUUUUCUGGUGUCGGAAGAGAAGGAGGCAGAAUAAGAAUCAGUUUCCGCUUCCGUUUCCAAAAAAGGUUAAUGAUUAUGAAACCCAGUUGGACAGCCCGGCAUAUUCAAUACACGACCCUUGGCUUCUGGAUAGAAAUAAUCUAGAAAUUAACUACUCGAAAAAACUUGGAAGUGGCGCAUUUUGUAAUGUCUUCAAAGGAAAAAUCAACGGAGAAGCCCCAGUUUCUCAGAUACAUCCCGGACAGCGAACACAGCUACUCCGGGAUUGCCCUGUUGCUGUGAAAAUGCUUCCAAGUUUUGCAGACGAUGCAGCUAGGUCUGAUUUCAUGCAAGAAAUAAACUUCAUGAAAUCACUCGCCUACCAUCCUCAUCUUGUGUCCAUGUUGGGAUUUGUAGCUGAUCGAAAAUCUCCGUACUUGCUGGUGGAGUUCUGUGAACACGGUGAUCUUUUGCACAUGAUACGUAAUAGAAGGCAGGAAAUUAUAAAUGGUCCUACUGAAAAUCCAGACGGCUUGAAAAUCAAGGACUUGUUGAUGUUUUCAUGGCAGAUUAGCAAUGGAUUGGAGUAUCUCAAUAACAUUGGAUGUAUCCAUCGGGACAUUGCUGCCCGUAACGUCUUAGUAGACUCAGCAAAUACGUGCAAAAUUGGAGAUUUUGGACUGUGUAGAUUAACCGAUUCACUUUUGUACACUGCCCGAGGAGGAAGACUUCCACUCAAAUGGAUGGCUCCUGAAUCAUUGGCAACUUAUGAGUACUCUUACAAAAGCGACGUAUGGUCUUAUGGUGUUCUUCUAUGGGAGCUAUUUUCUCUUGGAGAAGUUCCUUAUGGCGAAGUACAAACGACCGAACUUUUACAAACGCAUCGCUCAGGAAAACGGCUACUGAAACCUGAAUGGUGUCCAGAGGAAAUUUACGAUGUGAUGAGGCUAUGCUGGCAAGAACUCCCCGACGAUCGUCCGGCAUUCCAGCAAACAUGUGCGGUUCUUGCACAAAUGCUUGAAAAUGCAACGGAAAACUAUGGAUAUUUGAUACCAAAACAUUUUAAUAAUCAAACACGGGAUCCGUCGGAACAAUGCGAUAAUGUGUAACACUAUGAACAUAACCCAUAUUUUUUCUCAACGGGUCCGCACAACAUGUACGGAACAAUAGGUUCCCAAUCUUCUAAUAUCGGUAGACAAUUAUUAAUCUUUGCCUCAUAAUGAAAUGACUUAUU